AUGUUCUCUCAGCUGGCCCAGCACAUAGCCCAACGCACGAUCAGGCUGCAGGUCCCGACGCGUUCGUUCAAAUCAUCGUCGUCCGAACGUAAAGCGGAACCUGUGAAACAAAGGAGAGAACCCAAGGCAGCCGCAAAGCCGUCAAAGCCGAAGAAAAGCAUGGACCGCCCACCCAAGACUAAGCCACCCAUUGUCAAACGACUGACCAAGGAAGACAUGCCGCCUAAACAGCCCUCCAAGCCUUACUUCUUAUUCUCAACAGAAUAUUGUCGGACCGUGCCGAAGGCCCCCACUCUUGCUGCGCAGCAUCAGGUGAGCAAAGCUGCCGCAAAGGCGUGGAAGGCUAUGGGUGAUGCUGGACGUCAGGUGUACCAUGAUCGCUAUGCCGAGCUGCGGGUAGAUUACAGCAAACGCCUUCAGGAGUACUUCGACAAGACCGACAGGGAGACCCUCAAAAGAGUGAAGCUUAAGCUGAAGGCCAGUCAUCGUUCCGUUCCGAGGGACGCGAAGCGUCCAUUGCUGCCCGGAUCCCCUUGGACGGUGUUCAUCCAGGAGCAGACCAAGACUAUUGGUCCCGCACCCCCGGGCGUGUGCCCUGUUGAGCAUAUCACCGAGAUGGUGGCAGAGAGAUGGUGUGCGCUGACUCCGGAGGAGCGAGCCCCUUAUGACGAGCGCUUUAAGCAGCUGUCGGAAGAAUACUAUUCAAAGACCAACAGUUGGCUUAUCACCGGGGCGUCCCGUGGCCUCGGUUUCGAGCUCGUCCGCCAGCUUACCUCCAUGCCCAACAACCUCGUGAUCGCCUCCUGCCGGAACCCGUCCUCCGCGUUGCACACCGUGAAGCUCGACGUACAGCGAGGAGAGCAUGCGUGCGGGCAGGUCGAGGCCUCGACUAUUUGUACAAUAAUGCCGGGAUCGCGAGGCCUUUCUUUUGUAUCUAUCCUGGAGCGUUGGCAGACUGAUCGGCGUAUGCGUCCUAUGGCAAUGCCCGCGCGACGAGGCGUCGGACUUCCCCUACAGCGGAUCCCUGUCGCUGCUCCAGACGCGCCUGCGAUGAUGGGACAGCUCUACGCGCCGCUCCUCGCAAAGGGCACCAAGAGGACGAUCGUCAGCAUUCGCUCGGGUACUGCGAACAUCGGGAAGGACGAGAGUCUCACGAACGUCAGUCAGAACGUCUCGACGGUACGCAAGUACUUACUUGCUGUCAACAUGUUGUCUCUCUACAGUUCUCAUGUCUGA